AGUAAAAAUCAUCGAUCAUCAGAUUCAUCAUUCACCACACCAACCAAAACAAGCGUGGACUCCGAGCUGCAUUUUUCGACUCCUCGUGCAUCAGAAACAGUGGAAAUCUCGGACGAUUUGGAAUAUAAUUAGUCGACACAUAAAUAACCAUGCCGCCGACUGUGAUGAAACUUAUCCAAUCAAAAAUAAAAAAUCCAAAGAGGAAGGCUUCAAGUUCAGAUAAGGCGGAGACCGAGGAACAGGAAUUGCCUGCGCCGACGAGAUUUUCAGACGAAAGUCCGGCAAAAAAGGUAAAAUGGACCAACAGGCAAAGACUCCUUGUCUUUGCAUCCAGGGGAAUAACAUUCCAACAGCGUCACUUGCUUGAAAAUCUCAGGAGCAUUCUGCCACAUAGUAGGACGGAGAGUAAAAUGUCCAAGCAGGAGCACGUGUCUGCCAUUAACGAGAUAUGUGAGAUGAAAAACUGCAACAAGUGCAUUUACAUGACCAGCGCCAAGAAAACUGAUUUAUACAUGUGGAUUAGCAACGUCGCUGCUGGUCCAUCAGCAAAAUUCCUCGUGCAAAAUGUGUACACCAUGGGUGAAUUGAAGCUAACAGGGAACAGUCUGAAAGGGUCAAGGCCACUCCUUUCGUUUGACAAGAGUUUUGAAGAGCUGCCUCACUACCAGCUUUUGAAGGAGUUGCUGGUGCAGGUCUUUGGAACUCCAAACCAUCAUCCUAAAAGCCAACCUUUCUUUGACCAUGUACUUUCCUUCACUGUGCUUGACAACAGGAUUUGGUUCCGCAACUACCAAAUUGUCGCAGAAGAUGGAUCGCUUGCAGAGAUAGGUCCGAGAUUUGUUCUGCAACCUAUCAAAAUUUUUGAUGGAAGCUUUGGUGGGGCCACACUUUGGGAAAAUGCAGCCUAUAAGUCGCCCAACGAGUAUCGGAAACAGCUGAAACGGGAACUUGGAAGCAAGUAUGCUGCAAGAAUUAGUGCUAAAGUUGAGUAUGAGCAGAGGCGUCCUGAAAAAACUCAUGAAAAACGACACUUGGAGGAAAUUUUUGGCAGCGAUCCAAUUGAAAAGGCCAUGGAAAUUAGUGCUCGAAGAGCAGAGGGCAAUAAUGAUAUUGAAAAAGCUUUGGACCCUCCUACUGUUGUCAGGAAACUCAAAACAAAGAAAGUAAAAACUGGCGCUGGAAAGAAAUUAAUGAAGAAAAAGAAUUUGAAGAAGACCGUGAUCAAGAAAAAGAAUGUUUAGAUUUGCCUAUCUUUAAAUUUGCACAAUAAACAGGAUCAUGCUAAAAAGCUUCACACUUGAGAGUUGAGAUUAUUAUUAAUCAGACAUUCUUCAUUAUCAAUUGAGUGUUCAUAUAAUCUUAUCAAUAUAUUCAAGGCACCAUUCCUGGUUGGAUCAUCACCAAGUCAAAAUGGAUGUGGAAGAGUUGAAAACACAGGUGUACAUCAUCACUGGUGUGCUCUCUGGAGCUAUAAUUAUUUUAUUCCUGUUUGUUGUCGCCUUGAUAAUUCGUUUGGAGAGGGAAAGGAAAGAGCGGAAAGCUAAUGAGACAAUCUUCCUGACGAAUGCAGAACCAAAUAUUAGAAAGGGGGAGGAGAUGGACAAACGAGGCUAUUCCCUGUACAAGGGAGUGCCUGGUCAGCCCCAGGUGGCUCCUCAAAGACACUCGUCUCUAGUUCAUGAGCUUCGAGAGCAUCACCAUGAACCACACCACCAUGGCAGACCUGCAUCUUCUGGCGGAAACUACGGACGGGACCACAGAAGACAUUAAUUAAAGCAACUCGGGAAAUUGAUAUUCAGCUAUACAUCAUUACAAAAUCCUAUUAUUCAUUAUUAUUUAAUAAAUACUACUUGUUCAU